AUAGAGUUGUUCUAAUACUCACUACCGGUGUUAUAAGUCUAUACUUCACGUCACACGUGCUAUAGAUGUAGCAGUACUGGCAAUGAAUAUCGGAAAGCAGCCCUUAGUCUUGACAGAGAGGUCUGGUACGCGCGUGUACGUAUCUAAAAAACUCGUCAAAUGUUUGUUUCGUCUGGUCAAGUGAUAAUUGGAAAUUGUGCAAGAAGUGUGUAUAUGUUGCGUAAUGUUACAUGUAUGUGACGACUCACGUGGUUAUUGCACGUGGUCAACAGAUAUGGCUCUCGAUCGAAAUGUUACGAUUGAAAAACCGGUACAUGUGAUCGAUGUCAAAUGACAGCGGCGGUGUCCAAUUCAAAGAGAAAGUUGUGUGAAACGCAAAGACUGGAAAAGUAAAUAGGGUACCUACGCGAUAUCUGGUUUCCCGGCUAUCAGUCAUCAAUACUUUAUCCACGUGUGAAAAGGUUGCCGUAUGUUUUGCGGUUGAUGCACCACGUACUCGGGCAAUUAUCGUUUGUAAAUAUCAAGAGUAAAAGGAAUCGACGAUUUUGUGUGAUAUUACGGUGAGCAGUUUGCAAGUUCCGCACGAUGUCAUCAACGGGAUGCAACGCCGUGUGCAGAAAAUAUUUUGGUUGGUUAAAACACAUAUCGGUAGAACCGACUAUGUGGCUCUAUAUGAUGGCCUUUAUGUUCACGUCGGUUAUCGAGCAAGACUUCUUCAGAUACAAAGCAUGUCGAGUAGAUCACGGAUAUUCAGAAAAGGAAUGCUUGAAAAUGAACAAUGAAGAGAUAAAAACCGCAGUGCAGAUAACCGUUGCUAAGUUUCAACAAUGGAACGACAUUGCUGGACAUUUGAUACCUAUUAUUUUGGCGAUGUUCUACGGGAACUGGAGUGAUCGGCACGGACGUAAAUUGCCGCUCAUUCUUGGUCUGAUCGGCAAAUUAAUUUACUCCGUGAUGAUUGUAAUCAAUUCCAUAAUGGACACUUGGCAUCUGAACAUGGUAGUGUACACGGCCACACUACCGAUGAGUUUUCUCGGCGGCAAUGUUGCUAUCUUUGCCAGUUGCUUCGCUUACAUAUCGGACAUAUGUUCUGUGCAACAGAGAACUCUGAGAAUCACAAUUUUAGAUGCCACCUAUCUCAGCACUAUGCCCAUAGGUGUCGCACUCGGAUCGUAUGUGUUUACUCAUGUGGUCAACUCGUCGUACACGAUUAUGUUUAUGAUAAAUGCGAGCUUGCUCGCGCUGACGAUUCUGUACUCGCUUUUAAUGCUCAAGUGGCGAACGUCACCGCGACAACAACCGCUAGUCGGUGCUAACUGGUUGAUAGACUUCUUUGACAUGAGACAUGUUGCUAGCACUGUGCGAACGAUGGUGAAAUCGAGACUCAAUCACGGCAAAUUGCAUCUGUGGUUGCUUUUGUCGGCCAUGUUCUUCUACACGUUUCAGAGAGAUGAAAAAAUCAAAACUCAGCUGUACACUUCGCUGAUCUUUAAGUGGACUGUAACUGACUUCAGUAACUACAAAACGUUACUAUCAUCUCUCUAUAUUGCAGCAAUGCUUGGUGGUGUGCCUAUUAUGCAUAAAUUGGGAAUGAAGGAUGUCUUUAUUGUAGUAGUUGGAGCAAUGUCACAUGCAAGCGGAAGAAUAUUAUAUAUUCUCGCGAAUACUCCGACAGUAUUUUAUAUAGGUGCUGUAGUUUCAGCAUUGGGACCUGUGGUAGCUCCUGUACUUAGAUCUAUGACUUCUAAACUUAUAUCUGUGGAAGAACGAGGAAAAGUGUUCGCGAUGCUUUCCGUGUGUGACAAUGCAGUACCGUUGUUCAGUGGUAUUUUAUACACUCAAAUUUACAACGCCACGAUAAAAACGGCACCAACCUCUUUUUUCUGGGUGACGUUUUCUACACAAAUUGCCGUACUUCUGCUCGUUAUGCUUAUUCAUUUUACAUCGUGGUCCAAGCAUGCGAGUGAACAAAGUGACGAUGAAACUGUGACGCCAUCUUUACAGAAUAAUACUUCAGAAACUCAACAAAAUAAUUGAACUAGAAUCUAUUUUUAAAUCAUGUCAUAAAUACAAUCAUAAAUUUUAAUAUCAUAUAUGUAUAUAUAUAUAUAUAUAUAUAUGCACGCACACGUUACAAAUACGUUUAGAAGUUGCAUAAUGUUUUUAUUUUUUUG